AUGUCUUUUAAAAUCAUUACCCUCAGGUGGUACCAUGAUGGGGUAUUAGUUCCUGGUAACUUUGCUCGUUAUGUGGGUGGUAGUCAAACAUUAACUUUAGAUGUAGAUGUGGAUUUACCGUCUCUUAUUGAACUGAUGAACUACACUAGGAUCUAUGACUUUCAAAAUGUGGCUGAGUUGUAUAUUUGUCCAAUGGAUAGGACAGAUAAAUUGGUAAAUAUUCUCACAAACAAGGAUAUUUUAGACAUUUCUAAUGAAUUGGAAGAUGGGGAUACCUUAGAUAUUGAUGUGACUCAUGCUGCCCCUUUAUGUGUUGUUGACAUAAAUGAGGCUAGUAAAGGGGUUGGUGGGUCUAAUAGUGGAGCUUUUAAAAGCACAACUGUCUUAGAAGAAGAGGAAGAUAGUGAAUCUGAAUCUGAAUCUGCCCCUGGUCAUGAACCUAUCCCUUCCCCUUCCCCUUCCCCUCCCUCUCCCUCUGAACCUGCUCUUGCCCCUGCACCUUUAAGAGAACAAGAGAGUGGAGUAGAUAGUGAAUCAGACUUUGAUAAUAGUGAAGGUGAGGAUGACAAUGAGAAUGAUUCAGACUUUGACAAUAGUGAUAGUGAUGAGAGUGAUGGAGUAGAUUUACAUAUUCCUGAUGGUAAGGAUUAUGGAUCUGAUGUUUAUGAAGAAUUUGUAGAGUGUAGGGAUGAACUGAGUAAGUAUAUGAGGAAAAGGAGUGAAAGGCCAAAAGAUAGAGGUGAUAUUAACAUAGGUGAUGCAGGAGUUGAUAUUGAUUUUAAUGAAUUAAGAACUGGUAGCAAGCAAGAUAGGUACACAGUCUUAGUAGGGACAGAUGAGCCUUACUUUGGGUCUUCAGAUGCUGAAAGUUUUCCUUCAGAUGCUGAAGAUGAAUUUGAUGAAGAACAUAAGGAGAAAAUGGCUGCCAAGAGGAGGAAGAAAGCCCUGAUAUUUGAUCUAACUGUCAAGAAAAUAACCUGGGAGUUGGGGCUGAUUUUUGAGAGUGUUGAACAAUUUAGAUUUGCUGUUAGUAAGUAUGCAAAUCAGAAAGGAGUUCAAAUUGAAAAGUAUAUUAAUGAACCUGGUAGGGUGAGGGUAAGAUGCAUGCAUCCAAAAUGUCCAUGGAUCUUGGCUGCAAGCAAAGAUGGCAGAUCCAACAAUUUUAAGGUGAAAAGGUAUUGCCCUGUCCACAAGUGUUACAAAACAAAUAAAAACAAGCUUUGCAACUCCAGAUACCUAGCAAAGCAUUACAGGGAUAAGAUUGUGUGUCAACCAAAUAUGAAAGUUUGGGAGCUAAAGAAACUCAUUAAGGAUGAACUGGACAUGUAUGUUGGUAGGUCUACUGUACAUAGAGCUAGAGCAAAAAUUCUAAAGGAGAUAAUAGGUGAUGUGCAUGCUGAGUUCAAGAGACUCUAUGAUUAUAGAGAUAUUCUAUUACAGACAAAUCCAAGUACAACUUGUGUUGUGAAGGUAGAAGAUCAAGGUGAAGGCAAGUUUGUCUUCAAUUCAUUUUAUGUUUGCUUAUAUGCUAUGAAAAAAGGAUGGUCUGAGGGUUACAGAAGGAUAAUUGGCCAUGGUGGUUGUUUUCUAAAAGGCAUUUGUAAGGUUCAACUUCUUGUAGCAGUAUCAAAGGAUGGAAAUAAUCAGAUGUUUCCUAUAGCUUGGGCCAUUGUAGAGGUUGAGAACAGUUUCACUUGGACAUGGUUUUUGAAGUGUGUGACUCAUGACUUAGAGCUUCAAGAUGGAAGGGAUCUUACUAUCAUGUCUGAUAUGCAAAAGGGAUUGCUUAAAGCUGUAUUAGAAGUGUUGUCUGAAAGUGAACAUGGGUGGUGUGCCAGACAUAUAUUAGCAAACUGGUCCAAAGAUUGGAGAGGAUUAGAGAGGAGAAACAACUUCUGGAGCUGUGCUAGAGCAUCAUGUGUAGCAGAACUGAAUUUUCACCUGGACAGUUUGAAUAUGCUUAGGAAUGGGAUAUGUGAGAGCCUCUUGAGGUAUAACAAGGAAACCUGGUGUAGAGCAUACUUCAACUGUGACAUGAAAUGUGAUAUAAUUGACAACAAUAUAUGCAAGACAUUUAAUGCUUGGAUACUUGCUGCUCGGCACAAGACAAUUAUCACAAUGUUGGAGGAAAUUAGAGUGAAGAUGAUGGAGAGAAUAGGAAAGUUGAGGGAGUUUGCAGAUACAUGGAUAUAUGAUAUAUCCCCAAUUUCUAUGAAGGUGUAUCAUGAUAACAUGGCCCAAUCUAUGAGGUGUACAAUCAAGUGGAAUGGUGAAUAUGUCUAUGAGGUUGAGGAUACCUCAUUAAGAGUGGUGCUGAAGCAUUGUGUGAAUAUGCAAGCUCAAACUUGUACAUGCAGGUCAUGGAUGCUGAAGGGUAUCCCUUGUGCUCAUGCCAUUACUGCUAUGCAUUUCAAGAACCUUAACCCAAUUAACUACAUAUCUCACUGGUACCACAAAUCCACCUAUCUGAAGGCAUAUUCAACAUUCAUCCAGCCUGUGUCAAACAUGCAGAUGUGGACAACAUCUACCAAUCCACCAAUUGAACCGCCACCAAUUAAAAAGAUGCCUGGCAGACCAAAGAAGAAGAGAAGAAGAGAAGAAAGAAGAAACUGAACAUCCUACUUCUGGAAAGCUUUCAAGAAGGGGUAUGGAGAUGAUAUGUUCAAACUGUGGUGGAUAUGGACACAACAAGAGGAGCUGCCCCUAAGAAAGCAAGGCCUGCAGAUUCUACUCCAGCAAAUGCUUCAUAUAUCCAAAGAUGUGGAGGAAGAGGAAGAGGAAGAGGAAGAGGCAGAGCAAGAGGAACAUGAACUCCAACUACUUCUGCCCCUACUGCUGCUGGUAGAGGAAGAGGAACUGCUGCUAGUAGAGGAAGAGGAACUGGUAGUGGUAGGGGAAGUUCUGGGUUUGGACUAUUUCAAUCAAGCAGUGGGUUCACAAGUUUUUCUUCUGGUGGAGGUAAGCCAAGAGUGGUCUCUCAUGGUGGUGAAAAGAGGUCCUCAGCAGAUAUUCUGGAGUGUGCAUACAAGCCAAGAAAUGGUGUAAAAUGGAAUGGUAGACCAGCCAUUACUAGAAGACAACUUGAAAGAACUGUUGCAACUCGUUCCAGAACUGCCUCAUCUCAAUCCAAUUUAAGUCAAGCAAGUUCAUCAUCCCAGCCAUCCCAGAACAACCACUGAAUUCUGUUAUUGUCACUGUUAAUUUAUUUUGGAACUAUUGUAAUUUUCCUUUGGAACUGUAAUUUAUUUUGGAAUUGCUGUUAGGUUUAUUCGGAACUGCUAUUUAGGUUUGCUGUUAGUGUUGUUAUUUUGUUAAGGCAACGUGCUGUUAUUUUGGUAUGCUGUAAAACUGGGCAGCGUAUAUUUUUGUAAAGGCAGGCUGCUGCUAUUAGGUGACUGUAAUGAACACCUUUACUCUA